GGCCCACCGCAACGACAUGGAGAACAUCUUUCCCUUCCUCUUCCUCGGAGCCAUCUACUCCCUGCUGGAUCCCAGUCCCGCAGUAGCCAGGAUCCACUUCUUCAUCUUCUGCGUGGGGCGCAUCGUCCACACCAUCGCCUACCUCCUGCAGCUGAAGGCACCCACGCGCUCCGUGGCCUACGGCGUGGCGCAGCUGCCCUGCUUCUCCAUGGCUCUGCAGAUCCUCCUGGCCACCACCCCGUACUGGUAA